GGGCGUGGACAAAUGGAGGCGGGGCUUCCUGUCGGAAGGAGUGACACGUGGUCCCCCUCCGUCUGUGUGCGCGCGCGUGUGUGUGUGUGUGUGUGUGUGUGUAGGGAAGAGCUUGUGCGCCAGAGGACUGACUCUACCCCAUUUUCACGUUUCUGUCGCGCGUUUUUACCCACCCACCCACCGACCGACCGACCCACAGACCCACAUAUCCUCGCACUGGAGCUACGGCUACCCCCUUUCUUUGAAAAACCAGGUCGUCUCGGCAAGGAACGUUAGCUAGCCUGCCAGCAACGCAAACACGGACAGUGAGCCGGCCCCGUUGUCACGCGGCAGACCCCCGCCGUGCCGCAGACUCAUCCCACGCCGACCGCGGCCAUGACGCUGGAAGCGAUCCGGUACCGCUCCGGGUCUCUGCAGAUCCUCAAUCAGCUGCUGCUGCCGCACGAGACGGUGUACGAGGAGAUCCGCUCGGUCCAGGACGGUUAUGAGGCCAUCAAGAGUAUGAAGGUGCGCGGCGCUCCUGCCAUCGCCAUCGUGGGCUGCCUGAGCCUGGCGGUGGAGCUGCGUGCGGGCGCCGGCGGCGACGACCCCCUGGCCUUCAUCCGCGAGUCGCUGUGCCACCUGACCUCGGCCCGGCCCACCGCCGUCAACAUGGGCCGCGCCGCCCGCGAACUCAUGGAGUUCAGCGAGAACGAGAGCAUGGAGAAGAGUGGAGAGGCACUCCGAGACAGCGCGAUUGGCUGGAUCGAGGAGAUGUUGGAGCGGGACGUGAGUGACAACCGAAAGAUCGGGAAUUUCGGUGCCCAGCACAUCCUGUCCGGCGUGCCGAGGGACUCGGUCAGCAUUCUCACGCACUGCAACAGAUCACUCGCCACCGCCGGAUACGGCACCGCACUCGGUGUGGUGCGCUCCCUGCACUCGCUGGGCCGUCUGAAGCGUGUCUACUGCACGGAGACUCGGCCGUACAACCAGGGCGCACGGCUGACGGCGUACGAGGCCGUGGCCGAGGGCUUCCCCGCCACGCUCAUCACCGACAGCAUGGCCGCGCUCACCAUGAGGGAGAAGGGCAUCACCGCUGUGGUCGUCGGGGCUGACCGAGUAGUCGCCAACGGCGACACAGCCAACAAGAUCGGCACGUACCAGCUGGCCAUCGCCGCAAAGCACCAUGGGAUUCCGUUCUACGUGGCGGCGCCAAGCACAUCGUGCGACCUGAGCCUGGAGAGUGGACGUGACAUCGUGAUCGAGCAGCGCCCGGCCGAGGAGCUCACCAGCAUCAACGGAAUCCCAGUCGCCGCGCCAGGUAUAGAUGUGUGGAAUCCGGCGUUUGAUGUCACCCCUCACCAGCUCAUCACAGGUGGCAUCAUCACUGAGCUGGGCGUCUUCCUCCCCUCCGAGCUGCAGGCUGCCCUGACCGGCCGCCUCACCGCCCUCUAGGCCCCACAGCGCCCCCCUGUGGUCUGGUGGGGCAGCGCAGCACAGUGUAGUGCUGCUGCACCUCGACUACAGCCGUGACCACAACUCACUUUGGUUCUCUGCAUUACUCUUUCUACUAGUGGUACAUCACCAUCACACACACACACACACAAACACUAUCUCUCACACUCUCUCUCUCACACACACACACACACACACUCAUUGCUGCUCACAUGAGGUAAUGGAAAUGUCACAUACACACUCACUCACACACACACACACUAAAAAUGCGCAAAGGCAUACUACAAUGAUAUGAAUAAAGGACUAUAGAUACGCUAAACACACACACAUACAAAUGCUGCAGUUGCACACAAAUAUACAGAGAUGUGUGCACACACACACACCCGUGCACACACAUAUUGUGUACAAGUGUUACACAUGCACACUUGUGGUGUAUACUGAUGUUGCCAGACUCACAAUCGGACAGUCUUAACCCAGGGAAGCAUAUUUGUUAGCACGCACACACACACACACGCACACACACAAUCCUUUACCACACACAAUCAUGCUUUCCUCUCCUCUCUCUCUCUCAAACACACAUAUUAUUUUUUGCCAUUUGUCUGAAUGUCUGUCACUGUCCGAAAGCUGUCAGCACCACCCCCCACCCACCCACCCCCGCCUCCGCUCCUGCUACCAGUGAACAGUAAAGCACCAUAAAGGUACAAUGACAAACACCGAAGGACUGUACUGACCCCAGAACAGUACCAUCAUUUUCCUCAAUGGGAGGGACGUAGUGUAAAUAUGAACGUAGUUUUAGUGAUUAGUGUACAUAAUGUACAGAAAUCCUCUCAACCUGACUUGGAGGGGAUGGAGACUAGAUUUAGACUCAAGUUGAGCUGAUCAGAUCUAGAGAAGAGAUUUAGAAACGGGCAAAGUGUGCUUACUGUGCGAGCCAUGCCCAACUAAAAGCUCAAAUAUUUCUCCCAUCUUCUCAAUUUUUACUAACAAAUAUUAGCAGCAGUAAGGUGGGUCCUCGCAGAUAUUCAAUUUCCUUUUUAGACCAAAUCUGAUAAUAAUUAAACCUGAUCAAACAAGAAGAAUGAGACCAAUGCCAGUUGGCUUUCACAGAAAGCUGUGCCGUAUUUGACAGACACUGAACAGAGUUGGUGGAGGACAAACUGAGUAGAACAAAAGCUCCUCUUCAUGACACUGAUAUUGUGCAAAACGUCGUGCAAAACGUCCAAUUUUUCUACUUUUAUCUGAUUUGUAGCUGCAAGAUCAUUCGCCGUUAAAUGGAAGCAAAUCAAAGACUAUCUGCAAAUGUGUAGUGUGUACUCUGCUAGGUAGUCCUUUCAUACUUUGAGGCUAGUUACUUGGUACUAUGGAGCUUGACAUUUGUGACCUCCUGUGUUUACCAAACUACCUGAUACCCUUCCAUGUGUGUCCCCCUGUCGCACAGUGUCCUCCCUGUCGCACAGUAACAUUGUAAAUACAGACAAAUAAGAACUUAAAUCAUGGCUAACCAACCUCUUCCUUCUUUAAGCUAUCCAAGUUGUGACGGCAACUGUGCCAGUUAUUUUGCUGAAUGAUGCACAGAGUAUAUAAUAUAAUAUACAUAUCAAUUCUUGGUGAGGGGGGUGGGCGUUCUAGACCUAGAACUUCUUUAGGGUAAUGUUUUUGUGAUGUCAAAGUACAUUUCCAGGAUACGCUUUGUUUGUUUGUUUUUUCUUCAUGGUUGCCAAGUGCAGAUGACAUCACAGCCUCAAUGAUAUCACAAGUCCAGAGUUCCGACGGUCAGUGUAGUUCACAGGCGAAUGUUCCGCGACACAGAGGGGUUCAGGAUGAUCCAAAUCCUGGUGUCACUCCACCAGCACAGAUGACCAAUCAGAGAGCUGAGGGCGGUGGGAAAGAAACUUCUCUUAUAAAGCUGGAGAUUACAGCUUGCUUCACCACACACACACACACAAACACACACAC